UCUCUCUCUCAUAUAUUCUUGUGCAGAGAGCCACUCUCACCAGAACACUUUAUCUAUCUAUAAAUACCUUCUUUUUUCUCUCUCUUUCUUCCAUUGCUUUCAUUCUGGUAGUUUUCUCCCUGGCUGGUUCGACUGCGAGAGAGGAAAGAAAGCGUAAAAGAGGGGAGCGUUUUUUGAGUUUUGUGUUCAUUUUUUUGUCUGAGUUCAGUCUGUGACAUAGAUACGAUAAUGUCGGCUUGCAGAGACGAAGACCCUCGUAUCCAUGGCAUCAAAACUAAGAUUCGGGUCGUCCCCAAUUUCCCCAAAGCAGGUAUUAUGUUCCAAGACAUAACUACUCUAUUACUAGAUCCGAAAGCCUUCAAGGACACAAUCGAUUUGUUCGUAGAGCGAUACAAAGGCAAAAACAUUUCUGUCGUUGCAGGGGUAGAAGCUCGUGGAUUUAUAUUUGGUCCUCCCAUUGCUUUGGCUAUCGGGGCAAAGUUUGUUCCUUUAAGAAAACCAAGGAAGCUGCCUGGUCAAGUUAUUUCUGAGGAGUAUAUUUUGGAAUAUGGAAGGGACUGUCUUGAGAUGCAUGUUGGAGCGGUAGAACCUGGAGAACGUGCUUUGGUGGUUGAUGAUUUAAUUGCCACUGGUGGCACACUCUGUGCGGCUAUGAACUUACUAGAAUGCGUUGGAGCGGAAGUAGUUGAAUGUGCAUGCCUGAUUGAGUUACCUGAGUUAAAGGGCCGUGGGCGCUUGAAGGGUAAGCCAUUGUAUGUUCUAGUGGAGUAUCAAUGAUCGUGGAAGAUGUACAAUUUGCCUGCAAUUGUUCACCAUAGGGAUAUAUUAUUGGGUAUAUCCAAUCUGGAAUCUGAUUUUCAUCUGCCCCCUCCCCCACCCUUUUUUCCUUUUCCCUCUUCACCUCCCCCCUCUCUUACCCCUUUCUCCCUUUUUUAACUCCAAUUUUAAAUGGAUUUUGAUGUACCUGGAUUAUAUUGAUAAGUAGCAUAGAACAUUGAAAUAUGGAAAGGGGUUGAUUUGAGAAA